AUGAAGAGAACCAAGGUCGCCAUCAUGGUUCACAAGUCGGCCGUGGCCCGAAUGUGGACAGACAUAGGCAUUCUCGGGUGUGAUGCUGCUGGGGCUUUUGGACUUCUUCUAGAGCAAAAGCUUACAGCUGUUAUACGAAUGUUGAUGUAUGGUUCAUCUGCUGAUCAUGUGGAUGAGAUUGCCCGGAUGGGGAAGUCCACUAUGUUGGAGGCCUUGGUGACGGCAUCUACCCGAGGUGGACCACGUUUGUCAAAUCCAUUCAGAAUCCCCGAUCCCAGAAGCAAAGAUUAUUUUCUUCCUAUCAAGAAUGAUAUAGGAAAGAUGUCGAAAGGUGUUUUGGCAUCCUCCAAGCUCAAUGGUUGA